CUACAGUACGAUCGUUUGUAGCAACGAUGAGGCCGAUAUUUGUUGGGAACUUUGGGUAUGACACCCGGCAAUCUGAACUGGAGCGCUUAUUCUCCAAAUAUGGGAGAGUUGAAAGGAUCGACAUGAAAUCUGGAAUUUCUUCUAAGGAAAAUGAGCCAAGCUCCUAUCUGGGCUCACCACCAUGACACCAUCUGUGCAUUAAAAUUAAUUUGGAAGGAAACUUCCUGCUUGCCUGCUUACCUUCACCUACAGAUAGCAUCAUCCUGAUUUUUCUUCAAUCAAUCAUUCGUCAUUCAUCUACCUCAUCACUUAAGUUGCAAUACACCAGAAUCGUCUUAAUGGAUUGAUCUUUAUCUCAUGCCUCAUCAAUUAAGUUGCAAUUCAUCAGAAUCGUGUUAAUGGAUUGAUCUUUAUCUCAUGCCUUGCCUAUCUAUCACCACUGAUCAUAGGACAUCACUGAAAUCUGAUCAUGCCUUCCAUAUGAUAAUAGUGGCUGAAUGAAAUCUAUCAUGCCUUCCAUAUGAUAAUAGUGGCUGAAUGAAAUCUGUCAUGCCAUGCCUUCCAUAUCUGAACUCGUGCUGUGUGAAGGUGAAGGAUAGUUGAAUUUUUGGAUUAAAACCUUAAGUAGGCAACCAUCUUAGUCCAUCAUGCAACGUCUCUACCGCUAUAUGUGCAUCAGUCCUCCCAUAUUUGCAGGUUUUGCCUUUGUUUACUUUGAAGAUGAGAGGGAUGCUGAAGAUGCCAUUCGGGGACUUGAUAACUUGCCAUUUGGUUAUGAUAGACGCAGAUUGUCUGUGGAAUGGGCCAGGGGUGAACGAGGUCGUCAUCGUGAUGGGUCCAAGUCAAUGGCAAAUCAGAGGCCAACAAAAACCCUGUUUGUGAUCAAUUUCGACCCCAUCCGUACAAGAGUACGUGAUAUUGAAAGACACUUCGAACCCUAUGGGAAAGUGCUCAAUGUUCGGAUCAGAAGGAACUUUGCAUUUGUACAAUUUGAAACGCAGGAGGAUGCCACAAAAGCCCUUGAGUGUACCCACAUGAGCAAGAUAUUAGACAGGGUUGUAUCAGUUGAAUAUGCUUUGAGGGACGAUGGCGAGAGGGGCGAUCCUUUUGAUGAAAGCCCUCGAAGAGCAGGUGGUUAUGGGCGGCCAGGGGAUAGUCCCUACAGGAGGUCUCCAAGUCCAGUGUUUCGCCGUCGACCAAGUCCUGACUAUGGGCGAGCUCAUAGCCCUGCUUACGAUAGAUAUAAUGGGCCCUAUGAACGACGUAGAAGUCCUGAUUAUGGUAGGAAUCGAAGCCCUGAAUAUGGUGGUAGAUUUCGCAGCCGUUCACCCAUUCGGAGGUCAAGAACCUGAAGGAAACUAUUGUUGAAUUUUCAGUAGUUACAUUCUUAGGUUUAGGUCUGUGGAGUGUGUUAAGUUCCUGUACAACCCUCGUAUUUUAACUCUUUGAAAAAACUAUUGUUGGUAGAUUUGAGAUGUUGAAGGAAACACUUUUUUAUCUGUUUUUAGUUUUUUAACUAGUGGGUUUUAUCCAACAAGUUCAAGGC